AUCAAUCCUUCAAUCAAUUCACUUAACUCACAAUAUCAAUAUGUCUGCCCGGGUCGACAUAAUGGGCACCCAGCUGCCGCUGGAAUACGAGUUCCCUCUCGCCCUCACCGUCAGGAACGUGAAGGAGGCGCUCCAAUCCGACUACGGGGUCCCCGCCGACCGCCUGACCCUCCGAUUCUACCACGGCGGCGCGCUCAUGCACGACGGCGACACGCUGGCUUCCUACGACCACGUCGUCGCGCAACAGAACGACGUCGUCCAUCUGCUGCUCAGCGUGGCGCCCGGCCCGACCGCGGACGCCCCAGUCCGGGUGUUCCUGCUGUCGGAGGAGUUUCCGGAGUGGAGGGCGAUGGUGGUGUGCGGGGAGAGCAGCACCAUGGCCGACCUCAAGCGGCUGGCCGCCCACCAGCUGCGGUGGGCCGAGGCGGACGGGAUGGAGCUUUACAACGCCAACAAGUGGACGCGCCUGGACCGGGACGAGAACAUGGGGCGGCUUCUGAGGGAGUUUUUGGUGGUGGACGGCAGCGUCGUUUGGGUGCAGUUCAUCACCAAAGUCCCCCAGAAUGGAACCCUGGCCCAGCCAUAAAAACCAACACCAGGAAGCUAGCAAUAUGCAAGUGCUUGGAUGCAUCUUUAUAUAUCUAGUCUAAUUUGUUACGUGAUUGUACUAGCUAGCUUCUCUUUAUAGUUGUCUUCGUUUCUUUCUUGGGUACCGUAACCGUAUAAGUUGGGAAUUAAAGCGGUAUGUAUUAAGAGCGUUUGCCAUGGAUUGGCAAGAGUUGGGAUUUUUUUAUUGCUUUCGGGAAAAAUAGUUACGUAAGAUUUUGAAAUGCUCUCUGGAACUCUGUCCCCGUCCCAUCUCCUCGUCGCCCGCCGUCCUGCUCUCACGCCGGCCACCGGACCCGUCUCUUCCCCAUCCCCCUCACAAACAUCACCUGCAGCCGCUGCUCAAGAAGAUCACAACACGGCGGCUAAGGUUAAUAACUGCUAAGUUAUAAA